UUUGUUUGCUUGACAGGUGAAGCCGAAUUUGUUUAUUUAUAUCGAAGACGACGAGUGCCUUUUGUCGAGGAACCUCUUGACUUUUGGUUCGGUGUUGCGAGACUAUAUUCGUGUAUAGUAGAGUUUUAUUUUCCGUUUGUGCUCUGUGAGUGUGUGUGUGAAUAUAUAUCUUCGGGCUCUUUGCUGCUGUCAUGGCGCAGACCUUCGUGAUUCAAUUGUCGAGAGCUGAUGGGACGCCCUGGGGAUUCCGGCUGCAAGGCGGCAAGGAUUUCGGCGUCCCUCUGUCCAUUCUCAAGGUUAAUGGGGGCAGUAUUGCUGAAAAAGCUGGCUUACAAGCUGGAGAUGGUGUAUUAAAGGUGAACAAUCAAGAUACUGCUCAUUUUCGCCACAAGGAGGCGCAAGAUGCCAUCAUUCACACAGGAAACAACUUGGAGUUGUUGGUCCAAAGGGGCAAGUCUAGAACUUGGCAGCCAAAGGUGACCCCAGUGGGUGAUGCUCCAACUGUUCCCCAGCCAGUUGCAGCAGAACCCCAAAUGGUCACUCAGACUUCCCUUAAACACCAUCAGGACCAACAGGUCAAUGGAACUAUGAAGGCAAUAGUAAAUAACCAGUACAACAGUCCUGUGGCACUUUACAGUGAAGAGAACAUUGCUGAGACACUGUCUGCCCAGGCUGAGGUCCUUGCUGGUGGUGUGCUUGGUGUGAAUUUCAAGAAAAAUGAGAAGCCAUACUCUGGAGACAAUAGUGAGGUCCUCAAGAUGGUGCAGCAGAUGGACCAAGACCCAGGCAGUCCAGGAACUGUGGAUCCAGCAGAAGUGAUUAUGGCCACAGGCCUGCCACUGGGCACUGCUGGACUCAGGUCAGUUGUGCCACCACACCACCCAGUGCCAUCAUCACCACUACCUUCAUCAGCACUGACAUCAUCAUCAUCAAAGGUGGAUGCUGCGCCUGACCAGUCACACUGUUCUGACUGUGGGCGCCUGAUUGUUCACAUUGAGCAUCCUGCUCACAUGCAGCCUCAUCAUCAUCAGGCUGCUCCCAUCAGUUCAUCCACCAUGUUGCCCCAUGGAGCACCCAUCAUCCUGCGUGACCAGGCCUGUUUGGGCCAGCAGCAGGCCAAUGUAGGCCAUCAUCAGGCCAGUAUAGAUCAUUAUCAGGCCAACAUAGACCAGCAAAAGGCCCAAAUGAGCCAGCAUCAGGCCCAAAUGAGCCAUCAUCAGGCAAAUGUGGGCCAUCAUCAGGCCAAUGUGGCCCAUAAUCAGGCCAAUGUGGGCCACCAUCAGGCCAACAUAGAUCAUCAUCAAGCCAGUGUGGGCCAGCAUCACGCCAGUAUGGGCCAGCAUCAGGCCAAUGUGAGCCCGCAUCAGGGAAGUUUGGGCCAGCAUCAGGCCAAUGUGGGCCAGCAAGACCCCUGCAACUUGUGCGAGGGACCAAUUGUGGGAGUUUUUGUGCGGGUUAAAGGCAGGAACCUUCAUGUGGAGUGCUUCAAGUGUGCAACGUGUGGCAGUUCUUUGAAAAAUGUUGGUUACUAUAGCGUGAAUGAGAAACUGUAUUGCGAUAUUCAUGCUAGGCAAGUAGCUUCGAAAUUGGCUGGUGUGGACCCAGACCCUGCUCUUGCUGUGUCUGCUUCACCAAUGGCUCCUGCUCCAGCUCCAGUGGCACCACCACCUGCCAAACCUGUGACACCAGCAGCAGCCACAAGCUUCUCACCACGUGCAGCUCCAAAGGCACCAAUGCUGCCAACUUCAGUGCCAACACCUACAAUUGGUGCUGUGCCAAUCAGCAGGGCUCAGUAUGGUGGUGCUGUGCCAUUUGGAACCCCACAUGCUUCCAAAGUAGGACCAGUGCCAUUCCAUAGCAGCAGCAGCAGUUGCAGCACCACCACCACCACCAACAACUUGAAGCCAAGGGAUCUUGCAGAUAUUAUGUGCCCACUGCAACCACUGUCAAUCCCGGAACCACCAGCAGAUGUGCCAAAUGCUGAAAAGCCCAUGUUUGGUGACCUGCUUAUUGCAGAGCUCAAGUCCAUGUCAUUGGACGAGGGUGUCCAGUCAUCACAGAUCAUGCAGGAGGUGAAGAGGAUGGAGAGCUGCUCUUAUUCUAGUCACACAUCCACAACUUCAGGUGGUGUGAACCAGGUCCCCAGCAAAGUGUUGUGGCCUCCACCAAGGGAAGAUGAGGUCCACAACACUGGGCAUCAAGUGGCAUUUCCACCUACCCUAGAAGAAGCAGUCUUGCAAAAGAAGCCUCAGGAGAAGCCUAUGGGCUCUGUGGCUCAGAGUUUUGCUAGAGCCCCUACAAACCAGGCUCCAUCAUCAGCAAGUGCGCCACCUGCUGGCGUUGGAAGCAAAGCUAUGGGCCAGAAAUGGACCCCAAGGAAGGGCAAAGGGGUGCUGACUCAGCCAACUGGCUCCAGGAUCCCUGUUUGCCACACCUGUCAUCAAACUAUCAGGGGUCCAUUUGUGACAGCCUUGAACAAGACCUGGUGUCCAAAGGACUUUGUGUGUGCCAUGCCCAAUUGUGGAUGCAACCUGCAGGAAAUUGGCUUUGUGGAGGAACAGGAUAAUUUGGUUUGCGAAAAUUGCUGGGGAUCUUUUCUUGCCCCUGAGUGCGACAAGUGCCACUCUCGCAUCAAAGCGGAGUGUAUGAAGGCCAUUGGCAAGUUCUAUCACCCAGCUUGCUUUUCAUGUGCAUAUUGCAAGGCUCCAUUUGGUGCUGAUUUCUUCUACCUGGAGGAUGGGCUUCCCUAUUGUGAAGCUGAUUGGAAUGAGCUGUUCACAACCAAGUGCUUUGGAUGCGGGUUCCCAAUUGGUGCUGGGGACCAUUGGGUUGAGGCCCUCAACAACAGUUACCACACCCAAUGCUUCAAGUGCUCUCUGUGCUCAGCCAGUCUGGAGGGCAAGGGUUUCUUUGCCAGGGCUGGACGCCCAGUGUGCAAGAACCAUGGAGUGUCAGCACCCAAAAUCCAUUGAGUCCAGCCUCCUUCUCUACUAAGCUGCCACUAUUGCAGGGU